AUGGCGAUGAAAAUUCCAAAGUCGGGGUUCACCCAGCUCCUCAAGGAUGGGUACAAGCACCUCUCAGGGGUAGACGAAGCGAUCUUGAGAAAUAUUGCCGCUAUCAAGGAAUUGACCCAGAUCACAAGGACAUCUCUGGGGCCAAACGGACGUAACAAAAUGGUCAUCAACCACCUCGAAAAGUUGUUUGUAACGAACGACGCCGCCACUAUUAUCAAAGAGCUUGAGGUUAUCCACCCUGCGGCAAAGCUGCUGGUUAUGGCUUCUCAGCAACAGGAAGCGGAGAUGGGAGAUGCAACAAAUUUCGUUGUCGUGUUCGCUGGCGAGCUGCUCCAGAGCGCAGAAUACCUGCUCAAGAUGGGAUUGCACCCCAGUGACAUCAUUGAGGGAUACCGGGCCGCGAGCAAGAGCUGUCUGGAGCUGUUUGACAAAAUCCCUGUGGAAACUCUCACCAACGUCGCCGGUAGGGAGGAUCUUCUGAAGGUGGUGAAGACCGCUGUCGCCGCGAAGCAGUACGGAUACGAGGAUCUGUUAGCGGAACUGGUUGUUGAGGCCGCCUUGACAGUAAUGCCCAAGAACCCAUCCAACUUCAAUGUCGACAGCAUAAGAGUGGUCAAAGUCCUCGGUGGAAGCAUUCACGACACCAAAGUCGUCAAGGGAAUGGUCUUUGGCCGUGAACCCGAGAGCGUCGUCCAAAAGGCCGUCAAGGCGAAGGUUGCCAUCUUCACAUGCGCCCUCGACAUCGCGUUGACCGAGACGAAGGGAACUGUACUGAUCCACAACGCCAAAGAGAUGCUCGACUUCAGCAAAGGAGAGGAGUCCAAGCUUGAAGACGUGAUCCGGGAAAUCGCAGAUGCGGGUGUGAAAGUUAUUGUGACCGGAAGCGGUAUUGGUGAACUUGCACUUCACUUCGCCAACCGAUAUAACAUCCUCGUCGUCAAGAUUCUGUCCAAAUUCGACCUCCGUAGGCUAUGCAGGGUCACUGGAGCAACAGCGCUGACGCGGAUGGGAGCGCCAAUGGCCGAGGAAAUGGGAUACUGUGAAGUUGUCGAGACUGUGGAAAUCGGAUCAGACCGUUGCACCGUCUUCCGCCAAGAAGAGGAGGCAACAAAGACCGCGACCAUUGUUAUCCGCGGUGGAACACAAAAUGCCAUCGACGACAUCGAGCGCGCCAUCGACGAUGGAGUCAACGUCAUCAAAGCCGUUGCCAAGGACAACCGCGUCCUCGCUGGAGCCGGCGCCGCUGAAAUCGAGCUCGCCCGCCAACUUCAAGCCAUCGCAGAAAAGACGCCCGGCCUGAACCAGUAUGGAAUCAAGAAGUUCGCCGAGGCUCUCGAAGUCAUCCCCAGGACCCUCUCUGAGAACGCCGGUCUGGACGCAACGGAGGUCAUCUCCAAGUUGUAUGCCGCACAUGCCCAGGGCAAAUCGGCGAUGGGUGUCGACAUUGAGAGCGAGGACAACGGGAUCCUGGACGCGAAGGAGAAGUUCGUCUUUGAUGCUUUGGCGGCCAAGUACUCUGCGAUCAAGCUUGCCACCCACGCUGCUUUGACGGUUCUGAGUGUUGACCAGAUCAUCAUGAGCAAACCGGCAGGAGGGCCCAAGGUCAAGAAGAACGAGGACUGGGAUGAAGACUAA